GACGUCACCGCCGCGCGCCGGCGGGGCCGGCAUGGCGGGCAUGGCGGAGGCGGCGGGGCCGCGGGCGCUGUUCCUGGGCGGGCUGGCCGCGGUGUACACCGCCGCCUUCGGAUCCCUCUACCUGCAGAUCCCCGGUCUGUACGGUGCCGAGGGUCUCCUCCCAGCGGUGCGGCUGCUCCGGGAGCUGCCCGGGCAGGGUUUGUGGGAGCGGCUGCGGGGGUUCCCCACGCUGCUGUGGCUGUGUCCUCACCUGGGGCUGGACACGGAGCAGGGCAUGGAGCUGCUGUGUGUGCUGGGAGUGCUGGGCUCCCUGGGGGCUCUGCUCUGCCCCUCCCUGCGCCACUGCCUGCUCUUCGCGCUGCUCAGGAUGUUCUACCUGUCCUUGUACCAGGUGGGCCAGGUGUUCCUGUACUUCCAGUGGGACAGCCUGCUGCUGGAGGCGGGGUUCCUGGCGGUGCUGGUGGCCCCGCUGAAGGUGCUGCCGGGGGGCACCCCGGGGUGGCAGCCCCAGCAUGGGGUGCCCCUGUGGGGGGUGCGCUGGCUCCUCUUCCGCCUCCUCUUCCAGUCCGGGGUGGUGAAACUCAGCAGCCGCUGCCCCACCUGGUGGGGGCUCACAGCUCUCACCCAUCACUUUGAGAGUCAGUGUUUGCCCACCCCGGGGGCGUGGCUGGCUCACCAGCUGCCCCUGUGGCUACUGAAGCUGGCUGUGGUGGCCACCUUGGUGAUCGAGGUGGCCGUGCCCCUCCUCUUCCUCGCCCCCCUGCGCCGCCUGCGCCUCUGGGCCUUCUACUGCCAGGUGCUGCUGCAGACCCUCAUCAUCCUCACGGGGAACUACAACUUCUUCAACGCGCUGACCAUCGUGCUGUGCUUCUCCCUGCUGGACCAGCAGCACCUGCAGCUCUGGAUGGGCCGGGCCCGCCGCCCCCACGGCCCCCGGUGGCCCCCCAGGCCGGGCUGGCUCCUGGCCCGGCUGCUGGAGGUGGCCACACUCGGGGCGCUGCUGCUGGGAACCGCGCGCUGCUUCGGCCUCAGGGUGCACGGGGGAGUGCUGGAGGCAAACGUGGCUUUCACCCACCACGAGUUCAGCUCCUGGCUGGACACGGUGACACUGCCACUGCUGGGGGUGGCCUGGCUUUCACCCCACCACGAGUUCAGCUCCUGGCUGGACACGGUGACACUGCCACUGCUGGGGGUGGCCUUCCUGUCCCUGUCCUGGGAGAUCCUGGUGGCCCUGUACCG